CCCGCCUCCUCGGUCCAGGGGAAGUCAACUUUUGAAUGGCUGCAAGAGGAGGAGAUAAGAAAACUGAGUAGAGAAGAUGGCCAGGGUCAUGAGCACAAAAUUUCUGGGUAAAGUGAUCAAAUUGGGACAUCAACCAAAGAGAGGGGCCCUCAGCACGAUGUGAAGCCAGAUGCCAUUGAGAGGCAACAGGAAAAAUAUCCAGGAAUUAAAAUGGGUGAAUCCAUUUUGUUUGGGGAAAGCUUGAAAAACUCAGAUGCAAUCACAGCCAAGGAGGAGAUCAAGAAGAAUGAGGAACAAGUGUCAUUAAAUGAAUGUGAGACAGGCUCCCCCAGAGCUACAUAUAUUAGAACCAAUGCAGAAGGGAAACCACAUAAGUGUUCAGAUUGUGGGAAGUCCUUCAGUAUGAGCUCUCACCUUAUUAGUCAUCAGAGAACCCACACAGGGGAGAAGCCAUAUGGAUGCUUGGUGUGUGGAAAAAGCUUCUCCCAGAAAGGGCACCUUGCGGUUCACAAGAGGAUCCAUGUGGAAGAGAAACCAUACAAAUGCUCAGAUUGUGGGAAGUCCUUCUGUAAGAACGCUGACCUCGUCAGACACCACCGAAACCACACAGGGGAGAAGCCAUACAAAUGCUCGGAUUGUGGGAAGUCAUUCAGUAUGAACUCUGACUUUGUUAGACAUUACAGAACCCACAAGGGAGACAAAACGUAUGAAUGCUCGGACUGUGGGAAGAGCUGCGGAACAAAAAGCCACCUGGUUGCUCAUCUGAGAAUGCACACGGGAGAGAAACCAUUCACGUGUCUAGUCUGUGGGAAAAGCUUCUCUCAGAAAGGAAAUCUUGUUAUUCAUGAGAGACUCCACACAGAGGACAAGCCGUAUAAGUGCUCAGAGUGUGAAAAGUCCUUCUGUAAAAAUGCUGAUCUUAUUAGACAUCACCGAAACCAUACAGGGGAGAAACCGUAUAAAUGUUUGGAGUGUGGGCGAUCCUUCAGUAUGAAUUCUGACUUUAUCAGGCAUUACAGAACACACACGGGAGAGACUCAGUAUAAGUGUUCCGAGUGUGGAAAAAGCUUCAGUAAAAAGUGCAACUUGGUUACUCAUGUGAGAAGCCACACGGGUGAGAAGCCGUAUAAAUGCUUAACCUGUGGGAAAAGGUUCUCUUUAAAAGGAAACCUUGUUGCACAUGAGAAAACCCACACAAAAGAGAAGCCGUGUAAAUGUUUGGACUGUGGAAGGUCAUUCAGUGUGAACUCUAAACUCGUUGAACAUCAGCGACUUCACACACGAGAAAAACCGUAUGAAUGCUCAGACUGCGGCAAAAGCUUUCGCUGGAUCGGGAACUUCAUGUCGCAUAUACAGUUCCACUCGGGGGAGAAACCAUAUGAGUGUUCACUGUGUGGGAAAUCCUUCAUUAUUCAACAUGAUCUCGUUAGGCAUCAGAGGACCCAUACAGGGGAGAAGCCAUAUGGAUGCUCAGAUUGCGGGAAAACAUUCAGUCAGAAGGGAAGCCUUGUUGUACAUGAGAGAAUCCACACAGGGGAGAAACCAUACAGAUGUGCUGAUUGUGGGAAAUGUUUCAAUCUAAGCUCUUGCCUCAUUCGACAUCAGCAGACCCACACGAGAGAUAAACCCUAUAUGUGUGCCGAUUGUGGGAAAAGCUUUGGUGUAAGCUCUCGCCUUCUGCAACACCAGCAAAUCCACACUGGGGAGCAGCUGCAUAUGUGCGUGGAAUGUGGGCAGAGUUUUGUUCACAGAAAAGCACUUGCCAAGCACACCCAAACGCACACAGGAGAGAAACCACAGAUAUGCUAAGUGUGUGGUCAAAGUUUCAUUCAUCCUUCUGGUUUUAUUCAACAUAAGAGUAUCCAUGCAGAGGAAAACUCAUGAAAUCUCCCUAUUGUCAUAAACAUCCACUCGUCAACCUUUAUUGUGUGGGAACUGUAGAGGAGAUAACUCUAUGGGGGAUCUUACAUCAGAUAAUAGUCAUCUGAAGAGAGAACUUAUAAAUGAUUGUGGGAGACCAGGAGGGGCUUUUUUUUGCUCGUUGAGAAACAAGUAACUUUUCAGUGGUAGAUUGGAUGCUCCCACCCCUGACUUCCCACCACAAGGCUAAUGAAGAACCAUCUUGCCCUGAGAGGAGAAGGGAGAAGACAGAGCAUCCUGGGGAGUGUCUGUUACUUGGUUCAGGAAAGGCUGCAAUUUGGAGGUGUUGUUGGACUCCCAACUCCCAUCAUCCCCAGCCAGCAUGGCCAAUAGUCAGGGAUGAUGGGAACUGAAGUCCAGCAGCAUCUGGAGACAGUUCCCUAUCCCUGAGCUGGAGGCUCCACCCCUUCCUGGUCCUUAGCCAGGCCCUGAUCUGGGCAGCAGUUUACACAAGCUUCCCCGUCUUCCCGACUAGAUACAUGUGCAGCUAGCUGGGCACUUUGCUGGUAGCCCUGAAGCUCCUGCUUGGCAUGCCAUCUUCUCUGCUCCUGUGGCCCUAAGGUGAUGGGGAGGGGUCCAAGAGCUGGCCAGGCAACCAGUGUGGAGACCUUCUGUCCUAUGGCUGGAAUAUAUGGCCCCAAAAGCAUCCCUGAGUCACUUGAUGGUAUGGUCUUCUGCUGGCGGUGUCCUGCUCCUCUUCCAAGGAGGCCCCAGGUUGCAGGUCUGGGCAAGGCUGAACCUGUUCUGAGGUGAACUCUGCUGUCGUACCAGAUCAGGCUUGAGGCUGUGCUCGAGGAGAGCAAACUGAUGUUGCUUCAGCAUGACACAAACUUGCAACCAAGCCCUAUAUAGCAGCAGCCACAGAUGCCUAUUUGUUAGCCCCGGCCACACUGGAAGGCGUUGCUUUAAUUAAAGGGGCCCAUGUCAUGGUUUUUGGUAUUGCAGCAGAGUGUAGAAGUAACUGGCCUGUUAAGACUGGUAGUUGAAAGAAUAAAGAAACGUAAGGUUUAUUACUACAAAGAGGUAAACUCAUACAAGCUGAAGCAGCCCUGGGCUCCUGCUGGGAGGAAGGGCAGGAUAUAAAUCGAAUAACAAAUAAAUAAAUAAAAUAAGCAGCCAUGUGGCUUCCACUCAGGGAGCCAUCCCUAACUAACUGAGAACAAAGACAGAAAGAGAAGGGAGGGAGGGGAGGAGCAAAGCCUGCAAAACACUUUAGAGGAGGAAUCACCAGAGGGAAGAAUAAAUUGCCUUUCUGUCACCCACCCCCACCCCCACUGGUUCAUGUAACAUGCUUUGGUGCUUUACUCCCAACAGUCCAGACCUCUUCAGUAGUCUCCUAUAGUGAUGGAAUGUGGAAGCCUCUGGUUUCACUGGGUCCUCUGCACAGGAGUCUGAGGAUGGCAGGGCCACAUGCUCAAGCCGGAAGAGUACUGGCCCCACAAGCUCAUCCAGUAGCAGCACUUCAGGAGGUGGCCCUGCAUGCCUUUCCCCUUCCAGUUCAGAGUCCUCAACUCCAUCACCUGAAGAAGAGGAAUGUGACUCCUGGUCCUGGACACCACCUUGACAAUGACCUGCCCAGCAGGGCUCCUGCUGUUGGGGGUGGAGGCAGCCCCUCCUUCCUGUCCCUACCAUCAAAGGGCUAAAUUGAGAACCCUCUUAGCCCUGAAAGGAGAGGAGAUUGGGCUUUAAAACUUUUCUCUGUAGCUGGUUUUUUUUUUUUUACUGUUUCCUAAUACAGGGUGGUUGUUUUUAAAUGCAGAUUUUAAAAAUAGUUUUAUGUAAAUUGCUUUGGGAGCUUUAUCUGAAAAGCUCCAAAAGAAUACCUUAAAUAAAUAAAUGUGAGACCCACACCCACACACCACUCCAUGAUGAAGGAAAACAUGCAGUCUGUUGAGAAAGGUUUUCAUUAUAUUUUUCUUUUUAGAAAUGUGAUGGAAUGUGUUAGGGUGAGAAGCCCAAAGUAGAUAGUAUGGUCUAUGCUAAAAUAUUCUUUUCUUUUUGCUUCCCUAAUUCUUACUAUAUGGAUAUUGUGGCUCAAAGCCCCUUGCGUUCCCCAUCCCCAGUGAGUUUUUGUGUUUCCUCCAAAAUACUUGGAGUUUUUCUGUGUU